GGUGUCCGUGUCACUGGCUGCCCAUGUCCUAUUACCAGGAGGACUUCUUCAAAGAAUACCUCAAAAUGAUGACGAACAUUGUCAUCCUGAGCUUGCUCAUAUGCAUUUCCUUGGCCUUCUGGAUCGUGUCCAUGACGGCGAGCACGUACUACGGCACUUUGCGACCUAUUUCUCCAUGGCGCUGGCUUUUUUCAGUCUUGGUUCCACUAGUGAUUGCUACACAGGGUUUUAAGAAGAAGAGUCUUGAUCACAGCGGUGCUUUGGGAGGGCUUGUGGUUGGAUUUGUCCUUACAGUUGCAAAUUACAGUUUCUUCACUUCUUUGUUUGUAUUUUUUGUUACUUCUUCAAAACUUACCAAAUGGAAAAAAGAUAUGAAGAAGAAAAUAGAUUCAGAGUACAAAGAAGGUGGGCAAAGGAAUUGGGUGCAAGUCUUCUGUAACGGCGGUGUUGCCACUGAGCUGGCCAUCUUAUAUAUGAUAGAAAAUGGCCCAGGUGAAAUUGCUAUAGACUUUUCCAGACAGUACACGGCAUCAUGGAUGUGCUUAUCCCUUUUGGGAGCAUUGGCAUGCUCUGCUGGUGACACGUGGGCUUCAGAGAUUGGUAGUGUAAUGAGCAAAAGCCAGCCGAGGUUGAUAACAACCUGGGAAAAGGUUCCAGUAGGUACUAAUGGAGGAGUCACUUUAGUGGGCUUGUUCUCAAGCUUACUUGGUGGCACAGUGGUGGGUGCCACAUACUUCCUAACACAGGUCAUUUUUGUGAGUGACCUGGAUAUAUCUGCUCCGCAAUGGCCAGGGGUUGGGGUCGGUGCAGCAGCCGGCCUGCUGGGCUCCCUUGUGGACUCCUACCUGGGAGCAACGAUGCAGUACAGUGGUUUUGACAAGAAUCUUGGCAUGGUUGUCAACCACCAAACAAAAGACUCCAGGCACAUCUCUGGAAAACCUAUUUUAGACAACAAUGCAGUAAAUCUUUUUUCUUCUGUCAUCAUUGCCUUGGUGCUUCCAGGUGUGGCAUGGGGCUUCUGGCCAAGAGGUUGAGAAGGCUGCAAGUUGUUC